AUGACAAGACACUCCUAGAUUAUCAUCAAUCAUAAAACCAUAUCCUCAGUUGAUGAUAUUCCAGGUUUAACUCUAUAAGAGAAGCUAUUUAAAGGGGGAUGUGGUACUAUUUUCAAAGGUGUAGAUCAUACUACAAAAUAAGAAGUUGCCAUCAAAUACUCUAAGUUUGACUUAUCUAAUGAGUAUAAAAUUAUGAAAAAGUUAUCACAUGUCCCAGGAAUUCCUAAAGUAUACUCUUUGGGAGACUCAGGAAAAUCUACAUAUUUAAGCAUGGAAUAUUUAAAUACAGAUUUGCAUAGCUUAAAGGCUAAAUUGAAACAACUAUCUUUAAAGUGCAUAUGCUUUGUUGCAAUUAAAGUAUUAGAAAUAUUGAAAGAAGUCCAUACUUUGAAUAUUGUACAUAGAGAUAUUAAGCCUACAAAUCUAAUGAUUAAAUCUCUUGAAGGUUUUUUUCUAUUUUAAUGAUUCUUAGAUUCAUAAAUAUUUCUGAUUGAUUUUGGAAUAGCCAAAGAAGUUGAUUAGUUUAUCUAUUCGAAAGAAGUAGAAGGGACUUAAUUAUAUGAUCCUUUAUAAGUACAUAAAAGAUUGCCAUAUAGAUUUAUUGAUGAUAUUGAAAUGCUUGGUUAUACACUUGUUUUUCUAUUUAAAGGUAAUAUGGAUUAUUAAUCUUAGGAUAUCUUCCUUGGAUGAAAUAUCCUAAUACUAUGUUAUAUAAUGAUGAAGUGAUGAGACAUAAGGAAUAAUAUCUUAGUUCUAAAAUAAUGAGCAGACUUCCAUUUGCUGAACUCUUUGGGUACAUAAAAUGGAAUCAAAAUAAUAAUAAACCAGAUCAUGAUUUUUUGAUUUCAUUGUUUAAGAAGAUUUUGACAGAGAAUAAAAUGUAAGAGAACUAUUUGUAUGAUUGGACUGAAAAUACUACUCCACUUGCAUCUUCCAAGACAAAAACUACUAUCAGUUUCUUCAAUUACUUUUGUGAUGAAAUUGAGCAACAUUAUACAGGUAAAUACUAUUAAUAUAUAAUUGUAAGAUUUAAGUGAUGAUGAAUAAAACCAUAGUGUUUUUACUUUGACAUAAUAGAAAUAUAAAUUCUUUAAAAAAGAAUGAU